CCGCCAUAUCCGAGACUUGAAAAAUCUCCUCACCCGAUUCUUCGAGCCGGAAACUUUUUCCGGCAACCUUCUAAGACCCCAGCUCUUGCCAGGCCCCGUUCUUAGCUCCACCUUAGUGUUUCUUUCCACCUUCUCCUUUUACGUUUCGGACUUCGGCCCUUAGCGUUUGAUUAGGGCUUGACGACUUCCCGUUGCAUCGGUGACUCACUCCGUCGCACUUACCGGUUGUCUUUGUUUGGUUUGGUUCUUACAUGGAUCAUGGUUCUCCUUUCUAGGCCUGGUUACUGAUUCGUUGUUAAUGGCGUCGAUUACGUGACCAAACUCAGGGAAAAUCCUAACUGCAACACUGUAACGUUGGUAAUCCUUUUGGGGACCUCCUUGUCAUCGACAUAUUACCGCGCGAAGGGUUGGUUUUAGUAACGAUGAUGGAUUCUUCGAGGGAAGAUUACGAGAAUACACUUCGAAUACUAGUUGCGACGGAUUGCCAUCUUGGCUAUAUGGAGAAGGAUGAAAUACGUCGUCUCGAUUCGUUUCAGGCCUUUGAGGAGAUAUGCUUAAUAGCUGGGCAACAACAGGUAGAUUUUUUGCUUCUUGGGGGUGAUCUAUUUCAUGAAAACAAGCCUUCUAGGACAACUCUGGUGAAGACCAUUGAAAUUCUUCGCCGUUACUGCCUCAAUGAUCGUCCUGUCCAAUUCCAAGUUGUCAGUGAUCAGACAGUCAAUUUCAUAAACACAUUUGGGCAUGUCAAUUAUGAGGAUCCCCACUUUAAUGUUGGCUUGCCAGUAUUCAGUAUUCAUGGCAACCAUGAUGAUCCAGCAGGAGUGGACAAUCUGUCAGCAAUUGAUAUCCUUUCUGCAUGCAACCUUGUAAAUUAUUUUGGCAAAAUGGUUCUUGGAGGGUCUGGUGUUGGACAGAUCACACUUUAUCCAAUACUUAUUAAGAAGGGUUCUACCUCAGUUGCAUUAUAUGGCCUCGGUAAUAUUCGUGAUGAGCGGCUUAACAGAAUGUUCCAGACACCACAUGCCAUACAAUGGAUGCGACCUGAAAGUCAAGAAGAAUGCUCCAUUUCAUCAUGGUUUAACAUCUUGGUGCUUCACCAAAAUAGGAUCAAAUCGAACCCAAAAAAUGCUAUUAAUGAACAUUUCCUACCAAGAUUCUUGGACUUCAUCAUAUGGGGCCAUGAACAUGAAUGCUUAGUUGAUCCACAGGAAGUUCCUGGCAUGGGCUUUCAUAUUACUCAACCAGGUUCUUCUGUUGCAACGUCUCUGAUUGAUGGAGAAGCAAAACCUAAACAUGUGCUUCUUUUGGAGAUCAAAGAAACUCAGUAUCGUGCAACUAAAAUACCAUUGACAUCAGUGCGGCCCUUUGAAUAUGCUGAGGUUGUGUUGAAAGAUGAGCCAGAUAUUGAUCCAAACGAUCAAACAUCAGUGCUUGAACACCUUGAUGAAGUUGUCCAAAAGAUGAUAGAGAAGGUAAGCAAAUGCCAUGACGGUCGAUCAGAGCACAAACUUCCAUUAGUUCGGAUAAAGGUGGACUAUACAGGUUUUAUGACAAUUAAUCCUCAAAGAUUUGGUCAAAAGUAUGUGGGAAAGGUAGCAAAUCCACAGGAUAUUCUGAUUUUCUCGAAGGCGGCAAAGAAACGCCAGUCUCAUGAAGAAAAAGUAGAAGAUUCAGAACGACUUCGUCCAGAAGAACUAAACCAACAAAAUAUAGAGGCUUUAGUUGCUGAAAGUAACUUGAAAAUGGAAAUUCUUCCAGUGAAUGAUUUGGAUGUUGCAUUGCAUGAAUUUGUUAACAAAGAUGAUAAAACAGCUUUUUACUCCUGUGUGCAAUACAAUCUUGAAGAAACACGUAGGAAGCUUGCCUUGGAGACAGAUACUCUGAAAGUUGAGGAGGAGGAUUUGUUUGUGAAAGUCGGUCAGUGCAUGCAGGAACGUGUUAAAGAACGGGCAGUUCAUCCAAGUGAAGUUCCAUUUAGAUCGAGCUCCCAAGCCUUGCUGGAUGCCAAAGGUAAAAGUAAAACAGACGUCGGAAUCUCAAACACGUUCAGUGAUGAAGAAGAUGCCAACCAGAUGCUCUCUGAUUCAAAAUCCAAAGGCCGUGGUAGGGGCACAGGUUUAUCUAGAAGUAGGCCAACUUGUGAUGCAUCUGAACCUAGUAAAGGAGUUAGCAAGAGAGGCAGAGGCCGAGGCCGAGGUUCUAGCAGUCUCAAGCAGACUACUCUUGAUUCCUCUAUGGUAUUCCGUCAAUCACAAAGAUCUGCUUCGAUAGCUGCAUCAGCUUCAGUUCAUAGUAUAGCAAUUGAUGAAGAUGAUGUAGAUUCUGUUUCAAGUGAUGAAGCUGAAAAUGAUGGAAGGAGUGAUAAUGUCUAUAAGCUGGACCAUGGUGAGAGCUUCCAAUCACCUAAAGGGCGCAAGAGAGCUGCUCCCAGGGGGAGGGGAAGAGGUUCUACAGCCACACAUAAGAGGGGGAAAAAAUCUGACGAGCCUUUGGCCCAUAAUAUAUUCAUGAACAAUGAAGAUGAGGAUGAUGAUGAUUCACCAAGUAGGCAGAGAAAAGCUGCCCCGAAGAUUACACGAAAUUGGGGAGCGCUGAGAAGAAACAGAUGAAUUUUAAGCUUAUGCAUAUCUUUCCAAGAUGUAGCUCUUAUUUCCUUAUAUUUGUAUUACUGCUUCCAUAUUCCUCAUGAAAGUUUAGUAGGCCUUCAUUCACAAACAA